AUGGGUCAAGACGAAGACUUGGCGCGCAGUAAACGCGCGAAGGUUAGAGCAAUAGCUAAGAGGGAUUCAUAUGCCGCUCGGAUUAAAGCUAUUCACGCAACGGCUCAGCUGGCCAAUAACGAUGCUACUAUAGCACCUCAGUUGCUCGUCGCAUCAGCUAAGUUGGACGAUUUGUGGGCUGGGUUUCAAACUGAAGAUAACGCUGUGUUCGAAGCGUUUUGCGACUUAGAUAUGUUAUCAGAUUAUACUACGGAUUUGUGCAUCGAAGUAAGCGAAUUGGUAGACUACGCUAAGGCCGUAAUGUCUCAUUAUCAUGUCCAGCCAUCUACGCCGGUGACAUCGGGUGACAGGGUGGACCAUGGCAAAUCCGUUCACAGUCUCGACGGUUCUGUUCAUACCCCUGUCCUCGCUGACGAGUCAUCGACGCGUGUAGUCAGUCGCCUACCCGAAAUCCCACUACCGCAAUUUGACGGAGAUCUACAUAAGUGGCCGGCCUUCCGUGACCGGUUUGUUGCAUUGGUAUCACAACGCCCGAAUAUAUCAAACAUCGAACGUUAUUAUUAUUUGGUCGGAUGCGUACAUGGAGUCGCUGCCGACGUUAUUCGUGGCAUACCAAUCUCCGGUGCCACGUUCGAUUUAGCAUGGUCCGCUUUGGUAUCACGUUUCGACAAGCCGCGGUUAGUCGCAAGUUCUGUGGUCGACGACUUGUUACAAGUACCGGUGUCGUCGGUGGACAGUUUGACGGACCUAAAUAAGUUCAUGGCGAUAUUUGGGGAAAGUGUUGCAGUUCUCACGUCACUACAGGUUCCAGAUUUAGGUGACUUUAUUUUGUUUUCAUUGGCUUCGAGGUGCCUUUCGGCGUCGUGUCGUACUUUGUUCGAAUCGCAGUUGACCACCGACUUCCCGAAAGUCGAAGGUCUUUUUGAAUUUGUUCGGUCACGCAUUGCGGUUCUCGAGCGUGUACAAGGCGUUGCCGGUAAACAAUCCGAGCAAGCGUCGCGUAAAAGGGAACAAUCUAAGGUUCCGCCGAAAUGGCCGCGUAAAAUAGAUCGACCACCGCCGACUUCGUUAGUUUCCGCCGCGUCGGUACAGCCUGCCGUCGCACACACGUCAUCGGUGUGUACUUAUUGUAACAAUUCGCAUUCGAUUGAUGUAUGUCGUAAAUUUGGUUUGUUGUCGGUCGACGACCGUACGCUAUGGGCUCGUAACCAACGCAUCUGUUUUACGUGUCUCGGGUCCGAUCAUUGGGCAAACCGUUGCAAGGCGUCAACAAAAUGUAAAAUCUGCUCGCGCCGUCAUCAUAGUCUAUUGCACUCGGACACCAAGGACGCAGCACCGCCGUCGAUAGCCCAGCCUCCUGUCGUCGCUACUUCGUUACUGUCGAGAUUCGGUGGUCCGUCUGUCAUGCUCGGCACAGCGUUAGUCCACAUACGUGAUCAUUCCGGGACUUACCAGGUGGCGCGCGCUCUAAUCGACUCCGCAUCUCAUAUUAACGCAAUUUCACUUCCGUGUGCGAAGCGUUUAGGCUUCCGUUGGUCAAAUUGGACUGCUCCUAUUUCCGGUUUGGCUGGAGUGCCCGUACCUACCGUGCAAGGACGAGUUCAAUGUCACGUCGUUCCGCGCUUCGCUUCUGACCCAGCAUUAUCGUUCGAGUCAUGGGUUUUGCCGUCUAUAACCAGUGACCUCCCUCGACGUUCGUUGGAACCAUCUAUACGAGACAAGUUUUCACACUUGGCGUUAGCUGACCCAGACUUUAAUAUCGCGGCGCCGGUGGAUAUAUUAUUGGGCGCAGACCUGUUCUCGUCGAUCAUGGAUGGGCGUCAAGUUAUGGUUGACAAGUCAUUGCCAGCUGCGUUCAGUUCUUGCUUUGGUUGGAUCUUGAUCGGUUCCGUGUCGUCAUCUAACGUACCGGAAAUUCAAGAAGCUGCCGUGUCUUUACUAACAUCCGUAGAACAAUUGAUCGAACGUUUUUGGCACAUAGAAGAACCUGAUGUUGCCCCAUUGACGUUUACCGAUGCCGGGAAAUGCGAAAGUAUCUUCCGUGAGAAUCUUGUCCGUGACGAGUCGGGUCGUUUCGCAGUCCCACUGCCGUUCCGGGUGCCGUUGCACGACAAGUUAUUUCCAGGUUCCCGGGCGGUUGCUGCAAAACGGUUUGAGCGCCUCGAGCGGAAGCUGGGCUCCGACGUCCGAAUGCGAGCUAAAUACAACGAGUUUAUGUCCGAAUACGCAUCACUCGGACAUAUGUCGGUGGCGUCCUCUCCCGGCCAAUAUUUCAUUCCACAUCAUGCCGUGUGCGGUGCCGAUGAAAAAUUCCGGGUAGUUUUCGACGCGUCCGCUGCGGCUGCCGAUGGCACAUCUUUAAAUAUGUCAUUAUUCGCGGGGCCCAAGUUACAACAAGACAUUGUGGAUGUGCUCACGCGUUUUCGUUUGUUCCGACACGCGUUCACCACUGACAUCUGUAAAAUGUACCGGCAGAUUACUGUGCUCCCGCAAUACCGUACGUACCAGCACAUUUUUUGGCGCUCAUCUCCACACCAGGAACUUGUCGAGUACGAGCUGAAUACGGUAACUUAUGGCGUGAACUGCGCUCCUUUUCUCGCGCUACGUGUCCUGCAAGAGGUCGCCGAUGUCGAUUGCCAUAGUUUCGCGCACGCAUGUGAUGCAUUGCGCCACCAGACAUACGUGGACGAUAUUUGUUACGGCGCCGACACUGUGAAUGACGUGCUCAGUAUCCAGGCAGAAUUAACGUCUGUCCUCGCCGGCGCGGGUUUUGAGUUGCGAAAGUGGGCGAGCAACACUGCACCCGUGUUGCAGGCUGUUCCGGACGAAUUCCGGGUGAUCAAAUCUACGUCGUUCGCCGGUGAUGAAGGUGGUGAGACGAAAGUCCUCGGAUUGUCAUGGCACACCGGCGGCGACUAUUUUGGCUGCGAAGCUCACUUCGACUCGGCUCCAGUAUUUACCAAGCGCGGUAUGUUGUCUCUGACGGCACGAUUUUUCGACCCAUUAGGUUUAUUCGCGCCGUCAACCUUCCUUGCUAAGCACAUUAUGCAGCGCACUUGGCAGUCCACUUGUUCGUGGGAUCAACGUUUGCCUAUCGACAUUCACCAAGAUUGGGCACAAUUCGUUGCGGAACUGCCCGUCUUAGCAUCAGUGCACGUACCACGUUACUUCAAUACCAAAAUCGGAGCUCGGUGCUCGCUAUAUGGGUUUUGCGAUGCGUCGCAACGUGGGUACGCCGCGGUAGUAUUUUUGCGUGUGCAUGACGCCCCCCGCGAAUCGUCAAUCAUAUUGGUCGGUUCCAAGACAAAGUUAGCCCCGCUUAAACCGAUAUCCGUUCCGAGGCUCGAAUUAAAUGCAGCCGUGUUAUUAUCACGUUGGAUGAGUCGGGUACUAUCAUUACUAAAUACGCACCUCAAUAUCGUUGACAUGUGGGCUUGGACGGAUUCGUCAAUUGUAUUAUCAUGGCUAACCGUGCCCCAUGAUACGUUUAAACAAUAUGUGUCAAACCGCGUUCAUAGUGUGCAAACGUUGUUACCGAAUUGUCAAUGGCGACAUGUCACUUCGGAGAUGAACCCGGCGGAUUGUGCUUCUCGUGGGUUGAUGCCGUCCGAGUUGCCGCAUCAUCAGUUGUAUUGGUCAGGUCCUCCGUUCCUCCGUGACCCUUCACACGAAUGGGGGAGUGACAUACCACGUUUACCUGUCGCAGAGUUGCCCGAAGUGAAAUCUGUCUCACUGACAGUUUGUUUAACCGCCACCACAGUCGAAUGGUUCACGCGUUUUUCGUCAUAUGACGAACUUAUACGUGUUGUCGCGCGUGUUCGUCGGUUUAUUAAUAUUUGUCGACGACGUCCCGUCGAAAGCUCGACUGCGCUCACUAAAGCGGAGUUAGAUGGAGCGACUCGUGCAGUAAUCGCCGCGUCUCAACACACCACAUUUCCGUCAUUAUUCAUCGACUUGGAAAAACUACGUCAUAUAAAACAUCGGCCGUUAGCCCGCUUGUGCCCUUUCGUGGACUCUGAAGGUAUUAUUCGCGUUGGCGGCCGCUUACGUCACUCGGAGCUGCCAUAUGACCAUCGACAUCCAGUUUUAUUAGCCAAAGAAUCGCAUCUGGCCGUAUUGGUAUGUCGUCAUUGGCACAAGGUUACUGGCCAUUCUGGACCACGUAUAAUGACCGCUCUAAUACAUCGUAAAUAUUGGAUUGUGUCGUUACGGUCCGUGAUCCAUUCGGUUAUCAGCCAGUGCACGCGUUGUGUUCGUCUCCGCGCGACCGUACCUGUUCCUAUCAUGGCUGACUUACCCGAAUCGCGAGUGCUACAAUGUCGCCCGUUUUCACGCGUUGGCGUAGACUACGCCGGCCCAAUACCUAUGCGGGAAAAUCGGUUACGGAAAUCACGAACGUACAAGGCGUACAUAGCUGUUUUUGUAUGUCUCGGUGUCAAAGCAGUCCACUUGGAACUCGUGUCAGACUUGUCGACCUCAGCCUUCCUCGCAGCUUUCGAUAGGUUCGUCGCUCGACGCGGUCUACCUACCACGGUCUAUUCCGAUUGCGGAACAAAUUUCGUCGGCGCUGACCGACAGUUGCGACAGUUAGUUAACAGCGCGACCGCUCAAGCGACCAUCACCUCUGCGAAGUCCUACUGCGAAUGGAAAUUUAACCCUCCGAGCGCGCCGCAUUUUGGUGGGUUGUGGGAGGCCGCAGUGCGAUCCGCGAAACGAUUAUUAUCCAGGAUUAUGGGCGCCCACAGCUUCACAUACGAAGAGUUCACAACCGUGUUAUGUCGGGUUGAGGCUGUGUUAAACUCUCGCCCACUCACUCCGGCGUCGACCGACCCUCAUGACCUCGAGAGUUUAUCGCCGGGCCAUUUUUUAAUAUGUCAACCGUUGUUAGCUCUACCACCGCGCACCUCCGAAUUUCCGGAACGCUCGCUGACCGACCGUUGGAAACUUUUAGAUCAUUGCCACCAAGCGUUCUGGCGCCGUUGGUCGACGGAGUAUUUACAAACGUUACAGGAACGUAACAAAUGGACUCACGGGCAAUCCAACAUCGAAAUAGGACAGAUGGUCACCAUAAGAGACAAUUUAGCUCCUCCACUCGAGUGGCGACUUGGACGGGUACUCGAAGUGCUACCCGGUAAGGAUGGUGUCGUAAGAGUCGCGCGCGUAUUAACCUCGCGCGGGAUGGUCACUCGUCCCGUCGUUAAGCUAGUCCUAUUGCCUGGUAACUGUACAGGUUCCCUUGUUUAA